AUGGCAUUUCCAUUACCAGAGGUACGUAUUGGCGCAUUUAUCAUGUCGCCGUUUAAUCCCAAUCGUCGGCGUUUUUACUCCUAUAUUGAUCUCGAAGAAUUUGUUAGUCAUAAAAUUAAUCCCACCGUGAUUCCAAAUACAACCGUUUAUUUCGAUCAACCUUGGUUAUCGAAUAUUGGACAUGCACUUUUCGAUGGUCUCUACCCAGCAUAUGUCGCUCUAAUUCGUUUUCAGCCAAAACAUCUUCAACCAUUUCGGAUUCUACUUCACACUAUGAGUGACAAUGGUAAAUAUUCGUUUAGUCAAAAUGUUUAUAAUGUUUUUGCUGGACUCGACACCAUAAAUGCGAGUGUACUGGAAACAAUGUCAGCUGGAAGAUGGUUUGCGUUUCAAGAAAUCGUGAUGGGUAGCGGAAAUAUGUGUCAACGUUGCCUUCAAUCGAAUCUUCAGUUACCCGGUGGAAUCGAAUUGAAUGGGUCAAAGCUUUUUCGAGAUCGAAUGUACAAACAGCAUAAAUUAUCUCCUCCUACUAUCAGAAAGAAUCACUCGUUCGAAAGACAGUAUUUGCGACGGCCUCUUAAAGCUUAUGUGAUUCAUAACAAACGAUUUACUGAUGAUGACAAAAUAGAAAUUCAAGCAGCAAUCGAUGAAAUCAACAAAUACACUGCUGCCAACAAGAAUCAAACUACAGAAAAUGGAGAAAAGUUGCGUUGGCCACUUGUUCACGUCACUUACACUAGCUAUCCUCUCAUUGUAGCUCGUGAGGAAGCUAAAUCUCAGUUUAGCACUCAUAUAAUACAAUCGAAAACGAUUAUCAGUAAAAGUAAAAUGAUGGCCCAUUUGCAAUUAUUACAAAAUAUGGACAUUCAUAUUACAGGACCUGGCACAGGGCAAAUGUAUCAGACCUUCCUUCCAGAUGGAUCUGUGAAUAUAAAUCUUGGAGGUUUAGGCUAUAAAAAGCAGAAAAACAUCACAAAAACGUACACAUCAUUUUUGGAACAAUAUGUCACUGCUGGCACACCGUAUAUUAAGGGACUUUACUAUCCUAUUAAUGAAAGACCGUUAGGUAUUAAAAGAGAAAUAGUAGUUCAAUUGAUUAGAAAAGCAGCACAACUAAUUUUGAAUGCAUUUACAAUACCAGUACAUCCGAGAGAAAAUUUAGCAUCAGAUGGACAAUUGUUCACUGAGAUGUGUGAGCAAGAUCAACAGUUUUGUAUGGCAGCCACUGAGAGAUCAGAAAAGAAUAGUUUUUGGUGUAUCAAUACAUGGCCAGAAGAAAUCAUCAAUGAGAAUGGACCAUGGUCAUCUAAAGGUAUUAUUGAUGGUGAUAAAACAGUGAUGUGUCCUUGUAAUCGAACACUACUCCAUCAAUUGAGACGAAAGUACAACAUCGAUUAUCAUGUUAAAAUAAUAUCGAACAAAACACUUUAA